UGUUUUAUUAUUAAUUUUGAGUGAAUUUUUAAAAAGUGAGUUUUUAUAAUUAAAUAUUUAUAAUAAGUGAUUUAUUUUUUCUUAUAAAACUAGUGUCGAUGUGAGUUUUUAAAAGUUGACGAAUUGUUUGUUUUUAAUAAUUGAAGUGGGUGUGUUAUAAAAGUUGGUUCAUUAAGAAAUUGUUGAAUCGAUGCCAGAACUCUUAAGGUAUCCAUGACAUUUGGGAUAUUUUUGUGAGAUGGCGCAAAAAUUGAACACUCAACGGAUAAAAUGAUCAAUGAAUUAAACGAAAUGAGCACAUGAAACAAAGAAGAUGAUGUAUUCAAGAACAUUGCUUUCAUCGUUCACGAUGCUGAUCAUGUGCAAAGUCUGCCUUUCAACAAUAGACGUGUAUGGCAACAUGUCUGAUUCAAACUUAGAUAGCAUAUCAAUAAAUGGUAAUAAACCAAAAAGAUCUGGUAAUAAAACGAAUGAUGAUAGCAUAUUUGAGAUAGAUGAAUACAUAAACGCUACUCUGAAUAGUAGUUACGAUAAAUUAGAAGGAAGCACUACAGAGUAUGGCGAUCAGACAAACUUGUCGAUUUACGACGAUGAUUACAUUGAAAGACCCUGUUAUGGACAGCCAGAUUAUUGCAAUAUGACAAGGAGAGAAUAUUUGGAUAUGUUGAAUGACUAUAUUUUUCCUCAACCUUACGAAUGGGUGUUGAUAGCGACACAUGCUAUUGUGUUUGUAAUCGGGUUGAUAGGAAACGCGUUAGUGUGCAUAGCGGUGUACAGAAAUCAUUCGAUGAGGACUGUGACGAACUAUUUCAUCGUAAACUUGGCCAUGGCUGAUUUUAUGGUGAUACUUAUUUGUUUGCCGCCCACCGUGCUCUGGGAUGUGACUGAGACUUGGUUCUUUGGGACGGCGAUGUGCAGAAUUGUGCUGUAUUUUCAGUCAGUAUCGGUGACGGUGUCGGUGCUGACGCUGACCUUCAUCUCGGUGGACCGCUGGUACGCCAUCUGCUUCCCGCUCAAGUUCAAGUCCACCACGGGACGCGCCAAGACCGCCAUACUUAUUAUAUGGCUCCUUUCUUUGUUGUUCAAUGUACCAGAAUUCGUGGUGCUACAAGUUCAGAGGAAGAUGCAGCUUCGAUACAAGGCGGAGUACUUCAUGCAGUGCACUUCCACGUGGUCAGACGAAAGUGACCUUAAAUGGCAUAUCAUUAAGGCUCUGUUUUUAUAUACAUUUCCACUGUUCCUGAUGAUGAUAGCAUACUGUCAGAUCGUGAGGGUGCUGUGGAGAUCAGACAACAUACCUGGACACACGGAGUCACACACACUCUGCUCUACGCCCCAAGGACAUAACAACUGCAAGAAUUGGUUAGCAGCAAACAGGCGCACCACGCCGUCAAUCCACACCAACGCAUCCACGGAAGGCCAGCUUCGCUCCAGGAGGAAAGCUGCCAAGAUGCUGGUCGCUGUGGUGGUCAUGUUUGCAGUCUGCUACUUUCCUGUACAUCUACUCUCUGUGCUGAGGGUGGCAUACGAUGUGCAGCAGACAGAUGUGAUGACCUGCAUAGCGCUGAUCAGUCACGUCAUGUGCUACGCCAACUCAGCCGUCAACCCGCUGAUAUACAACUUCAUGAGCGGUAAAUUCCGGCGGGAAUUCCACAGAUCGUACUUCAAAUGUUUCUGCUGUUGCCAUUCUACGGCGUCACCAGAGCAGAAUGGAACGUCGUUCGCGCCGAUUGGCAGCUCUAGAGCGGGCACAACCAGGACUGUCGUACGUCGAAACGAUUCGUACGUCAGCUACCGUCUCACCCACUUAUCCCCCUCAAACCACAACAUCCAUCGAGACUACAUCAGGAACACCAAUACUUCUUUCAUUGAUCAAAUGAAUGGAAAUCGUCGGCCGAAAAUCCGCGAUGACUCCAUCAGCGAAUCCGCGACGAGAUUCACUCUAGCUACAGAUGUGUGCCGAGAUUGACAACUAGGCAAAGAUCUUCUAACAGAUAUACGUAAUAGGGAUGGCAUUGAAACUUAUAUCGCUAGGAGCACAAACAGUAUCGAUUGUAAACCUUAUUACGAUUGUUUUAAGGAUGGUAAAAUCGAGGAAAGACAUAGUGAUAAUGCCGACUAUAGACACGUAGAUGAAUCCAAAGAUUUGUACGACGAUGAUCUUAAAAACGGGUUUAAAUUCAAAUUCAAUAGGAGUUUGAAUAGUUGUCAGAUUAAGAAUAAGAGAAAGGUUAAUAUUUAUUAAGUUUUAUUCUUUCUUCGUAAGAUGUAAGUAUUUUUUAUAUGGACUAAGUAGUUAUUGAUGUAGUGUAUAUAAUAUUAUAAUUGUAAACAGCCAAUGAAAAUAUUGUAUGAUAAAAAAUUUCGAGUGUACACUGGAGAUCAGUAAAUUAUUCUUGAGUACCUGUUUAAUAUUACCUUAUAAGAGGGAACACAAUAUUUAAUCUAAAAUUCAAGGGCUCGCCAAUAUUCAAUUUUUAAACAUGAACUUUCUUAUUGUGGGGCCACACUAACGUUUCACAUCAAUACCCAUUAUCGCGAUAAUUUGAUUAAUGGCUUUUCCCGUUAAUGUGGCCGCAACAUUACAAACAUUACCUUCAACUAAAAAUCUUAUUGCUUUAACUCACACAGAGACAUACAUACCAAUACGUACACACAAAUCUCCAUCUAAACCUUUACUUACAUUGCUAGUGACGUCAUCUUAUAUUUCUUAGUUACCUCCACGUUGAAGUUCUUCAUUGACCCCAUUCAUACCUUGUGACGUCACUACGUCUGCUUAUCGCAAUAUUGGAAUACCUUUUAUGAGAACAUUUGCUACGAAAGUGAAGCACAGAGCAAUCUAAGAUGUAUUUUCUUAUCUUUAAGGUGGAGUUUCCUCUUAAUGUGAAACACUUGCAUUGUUAUUGGAAGACUUAAAUGGGUUGUUAUGACUGUUAGUUUC